AUGUCUCUCCUCCGGCGAACUUUGCCUCUUCGACCUGCUUCGUUUUCUCGUUUCCUCUCCGCCACCGCUAUAUCCACCUCAAACGCCGCCGUUUUAUUCUUCCUACCUAAACGGAGAAACCCACUUCCCGGAAUCCGAAGAACCUUCUGCAGCUCCACUGCCGCAGCUGCCUCCGGCGACGUCGUUGUGAAGCCGCUUCCUUCUUCUCCUUCGGUUCUUCGAUGGGUAUCGCGCACAGAGCUAUGCGGCGAGUUAUCAGUCGACGAUGUUUGUAAAAGGGUCCACCUUUGCGGUUGGGUCGCUCUUCACCGAGUCCAUGGAGGCCUCACUUUCCUUAAUCUCAGAGAUCAUACCGGCAUUGUCCAGGUUAGGACGCUUCCGGAUGAGUUUCCUGAGGCACAUGGCUUGAUCAAUGACAUGAGGCUUGAGUACGUUGUUUCGGUGGAAGGUACUGUUCGUAGUAGGCCAAAUGAGUCCAUCAACAAGAAAAUGAAAACUGGAUUCGUUGAGGUAGUUGCAGAGCACGUUGAAAUACUGAAUCCUGUGAGGUCAAAGCUUCCCUUCCUAGUUACUACUUCAGACGAGACAAAAGAUUCAAUCAAAGAAGAAAUCCGCUUAAGAUUCCGGUGUCUUGACCUACGCCGUCAGCAGAUGAAGAAUAAUAUCGUUCUUCGCCAUAAUGUGGUGAAGCUUAUUAGGAGGUAUCUAGAAGACAUCCAUGGAUUUAUUGAGAUUGAAACUCCAAUACUCUCUAAGUCUACUCCAGAAGGCGCGCGAGAUUAUCUGGUUCCGUCGAGGAUUCAGUCAGGAACAUUCUAUGCUUUGCCACAAAGUCCGCAGCUCUUCAAACAAAUGUUAAUGGUCUCCGGUUUUGACAAAUAUUACCAGAUAGCAAGAUGUUUUAGAGAUGAAGAUUUAAGAGCUGAUAGGCAGCCUGAAUUCACUCAGCUUGAUAUGGAAAUGGCGUUCAUGCCUAUGGAGGACAUGCUGAGUCUGAAUGAAGAUCUUAUCCGUAAGGUCUUUUCAGAGAUCAAAGGUAUCCAGCUACCUGAUCCAUUCCCAAGGCUGACGUAUGCUGAUGCAAUGGACCGAUAUGGCUCAGAUAGACCAGAUACAAGAUUUGAUCUUGAGUUGAAAGACGUGUCAAAUGUUUUCACAGAAUCAUCCUUCAGGGUUUUUACGGAGGCCCUUGAAAGUGGUGGUAUCAUUAAGGCAUUGUGUGUGCCUCUGGGUGCUAAAAAGUAUUCAAACUCAGCUCUCAAAAAAGGAGACAUUAACAGUGAAGCAAUGAAAUCCGGAGCAAAGGGUCUGCCUUUCUUGAAGGUCUUGGAUAAUGGUGAGGUCGAGGGAAUUGCAGCAUUAGUUUCUAGUUUAGAUUCGAAGGGUAAGACAAACUUGGUGAGACAAUGUGGAGCAGAGCCUGGUGAUCUUAUAUUAUUUGGAGUGGGUCCUGUUACUUCUGUUAACAAAACGCUAGACAGGUUAAGACUCUUUGUAGCCCAUGACAUGGAUCUGAUUGACCAUUCCAAGCACUCCAUUCUGUGGGUAACAGAUUUCCCAAUGUUUGAGUGGAAUGAAGCAGAGCAGAGACUUGAG